AUGUCGCACACUGUCGAUUCCUGGAACACCUGCCUCAACGUCCCUCUCGAGGUCGAGGACAAGGAAAUCUAUGAGCUGAUCCAGCAGGAGAAGUGGAGACAGUACUCCUGCCUCGAGCUCAUCGCCUCGGAGAACUUCACUUCCCAGGCUGUCAUGGAGGCCAACGGCUCGGCCCUGACCAACAAGUAUUCCGAGGGUCUUCCCGGCGCUCGCUACUACGGCGGCAACGAGCACAUUGAUGUCAUCGAGAACGUCUGCCGUACCCGUGCCCUCGCUGCCUUCAACCUCGAUGCCCAGAAGUGGGGAGUCAACGUCCAGCCCUACUCCGGCUCCACUGCCAACUUCUCGGCCCUCACUGGUCUCCUCGCUCCCCACGACCGCAUCAUGGGCCUCGAUCUCCCCUCCGGCGGCCAUCUGACCCACGGCUAUGCCACCGCCAAGAAGAAGGUCUCGUCCUCGGCCAUCUACUUCGAGUCUCUCCCCUACCAGGUCGACAUGACCACCGGCUACGUCGACUACGACAAGCUCGAGCAGAACGCCAGCCUCUUCCGCCCCAAGCUCAUCAUCUGUGGCGCCAGUGCUUAUGCCCGUGAAUGGGACUAUGCCCGCCUCCGCAAGGUCGCCGACCAGCACGGUGCCUACCUGAUGGCCGACAUUGCCCACAUCAGUGGUCUCGUUGCCUCCUCCGAGGCCGCCAACCCCUUCGAGUACUGCGACGUCGUCACCACCACCACCCACAAGACCCUCCGUGGUCCUCGUGCUGGUCUCAUCUUCUUCCGCCGUGCUCCCAAGGGCGAGAAGAACUGGGACCUCGAGGAGCGCAUCAACUUUGCCGUCUUCCCCUCCAACCAGGGCGGCCCCCACAACAACACCAUUGCCGCCAUUGCCGUCGCCCUGAAGCAGGCCGCCAGCCCCGCCUUCAAGGCCUACGCCAAGCAGGUCCGUGCCAACGCCGUCGCUCUCUCCGACGCUCUCAAGGCCAAGGGCUACAAGAUCGUCACCGACGGUACCGACAACCACAUCGUCCUCUGGGACCUUCGUCCCAUUGGCAUCACCGGCUCCAAGAUGGAGAAGCUGUGCGACUACCUCGCCAUCACCCUCAACAAGAACGCCGUCCACGGCGACUCCUCGGCCCUCACCCCCGGUGGUGUCCGUCUCGGCACCUCGGCCCUGACCUCCAGAAGCUUCAAGGAGGCCGACUUUGUCAAGGUUGCCGAGUUCCUGCACCGCGGUGUCGAGAUUGCCAUCAAGCUCCAGUCCACCGCCGGCAAGCUGCUCAAGGACUUUAUCGUUGCUGCCGAGUCCAGCGAGGAGGUCAAGGCCCUCAAGGCCGAGGUCGAGGCCUUUGCCCACUCGUUCCCCAUGCCCGGCUUCGACCCCAGCUCUGUUCCUGCUGCUCUCCGCCACUAA